UUCCGCUCAUCACGCUCACUGUCUCAGCACUCGCCGUCGCCAUUCUCCGCCCAUCCAUACGCCUCCCAUCCCGCCUCGCCCGCGCCUACCGCACCAUGGCCGACGUGUACUCGUACUCUCUCCAGACGUCCAAGGGCGAGCUCAAGCUCGGCGACCACAAGGACAAAAACAUCCUCAUCGUCAACGUCGCGAGCCGCUGCGGCCUCACCCCGCAAUACAAGGAUUUGCAGGCGCUCAGCGAGAAGUAUGCCGGCAAGCUCGAGAUCAUCGGCCAGCCAUGCAACCAGUUCAAGGCGCAGGAGCCGGGGACGGACGACGAGAUCCUCCUCUUCUGCCAGGGGAACUACGGCGUCACCUUCCCCAUUGCGCGCAAGGGCGACGUGAAUGGCCCCGAGGCGACGCCGCUGUUCCAGUACCUCAAGAGCCAUGCCGAGCCGCCCGUCCAGGACAUCGACUGGAACUUCUCCAAGUUCCUCAUUCGGCCUGGAGGCAAAAUCCAGUGGUUCCCUGCCCGCUCGACCAAGGUCUCGGACGUUGAGGCUGCGCUCUAGGACGGUCGAAGCUGAGGGGGUGCUAUGCACCGUAAGGAUGCAGUUUAUCGGAAGAACAUGCGGCUGGCGUGCCGGCGAUCCGGCGAUACAGCAACUGGUGACACCAAACUGUCAGCUGCUGGGCCAGAGCUUGACAAGCACGGCAAGUUCGUGGAGCUAUCCACUGCGAUUUGAUGCCCACCACCACACACAAUGCACUCACACGCUACGUCUUCUGCACUACAAAAACACACAUGAUCACAAUGUACGCUACUAAUGUCCACUUCAGGUUGU